AUGAGCAGCUCCUCUUCCUUCUCCAGGACGCUGUCAGAGGAGCAGCCCAUUGCUGCCCUGUGGGGCUGCCAGCUGAGCGGGGACACCCGGAGCUGUGUGCUGAAGGAGGAGGAUGACUUAUUGGAGCACCUGGUCCUGCUGACAAUGAUCUGCCUGGGGGCUGACGCCGGGGAUGAGCUCCACGUGGUGGCUGUCGAUUCCAAAAACAUCUGUGGAGACCACAAGCCGGUGCCCAUCGCGGCGCUGAGGACCUCGGUGCUCCCCAUGAUCAGCCUCAAAGGUCUGGAGCUGGUCCCUCCUGUCACCUUCGUGCUCAAGUGCGGAGCUGGGCCGGUCUAUCUCAGCGGGCAGCACAUCACCCUGGAAGAUGAUGCCGAGUCCGAAGCCCACGAGGAAGAGCUCUCGGAGGAAGAUGUAGGCGAUGAGGAGGAUGAUGGAGCACCGUAGAGUAGCUGCAGUUGGGAGCAGGCUCUGGGAGCGGAGCUGGUGUGGUGGGGAUGGUGGGGAUGCCCCGUGCCAGGAGCUGCAAGUGCCUCCUGCCAAAUGGGAUGGAUCUUUGCAGGGGGGCACAAACUGUCUGGGCUUUGGGUGCCACCCCUUGUCUGCCCUGCCUGCUCCCUCCGUUCCUGCCGUGCUCCUAAAGGUGCUCUUCUUCCCUCUUUUAUUGCAAUAACAACGGGAAAGUGCAAAUACCCUGGAUUCAGUCUGGACUGUGCUCUGUCCUGCCAUCCCAUCCCUCCCUGCCUGCUGCCUCCUCUUGGGAAAACGAAUUCCCUGUGUGUACUAGCCGUGCUGCUGUGGGUCACGCUGCUAAUCCAUGGG